AUGAAUUUUUCACGCCUAUUUCGAGGGUUCCUCUAUGUCCCAGUGGUCUCACGACUUGGAGCCAUGCACCGUUUGCUCUUCAUCCAAGUGCAAGAGACGCCCAAUCCGUUGUCACUAAAAUUUUUGCCCCCCAAGGCAAUUCUUGACCAUCCAGCAACGUAUGAGUUCAACAACGUGGGGUCGGCGAAGCAUAGUCCUUUGGCACGUGAAUUGUUCCUUGUGGAUGGUGUUCGUUCUGUGUUCUUUGGCGAAGAUUUCAUCACGGUUACGAAAAAAGAUGAAGAAAUGGACUGGGGUAUAAUGCGAGCUCAAAUAUUGUCAACAAUAGCCAAUUUCAUUGAGUCUGGAAAGCCUGCCAUACUUCCCAAUGGGCCGUCUCCUGUUUACGAAGAUACAGCUAUUCACGAAGAGGAUGACGACACUGUAGCAAUGAUCAAAGAACUGCUAGAUUCUCGUGUUCGACCUAUGGUUUUAGAGGACGGUGGUGAUAUUACGUAUGUUGGGUUCGAUGACGGGAUUGUAAAAUUGAAGCUGAAGGGUUCUUGUACAGGUUGCCCGAGUUCCUCAAUAACUUUGAAGUCGGGAAUUCAAAAUAUGUUACAGUUCUACGUACCAGAGGUUAAAGAAGUGGUAGAGGUAAAAGAUGAAUCAGAUGAUAUGGUUCAACAAGAGCUAGAGAAGUUUGAACGUAGUCGAGGUAUAACUGACUGA